AUGGUCUUUUACAGAAGUGAAAAACCUAUGUAACCGCUUUCAAGACCGUGGGCUCUGAAGACGUUCGGGUCUACUCUAAUCCCCGACCCACGCUAUUGCGCCCCACUCGGAAGAUUAUGGCCCCGGGGCGGAGCCUCCCUGACCUGUACCCCGGAAGUUUUCUCCCUUUGACACACAGAGACACGCGCGCUCGCCCUUGUUGAGCCGGCUUCGUUUUUACUUCGCUUGCUCUCUGCUACGCUCGGUCUGCCGUCGGGUCAUGUCUUCCAAGAAGAAUCGGAAGCGGCUGAACCAAAGCGUGGAAAAUGGUUCGCCCUUGUCCUCUGCGGCUUCCUCUCCUGCUGGGGCCCCAGACUCGGCGGCAGCUGGGACUCUAGUGGUGACCAAUUUCCUAGAAAAGGUAGAUGCCAAAGUUCCUAAAACAUUCCAGAAUUCCCUUGUUCAUCUUGGACUCAACACUAUGAAGUCUGCAAAUAUAUGUAUAGGUCGACCAGUGCUGCUUACCAGCUUGAAUGGAAAGCAAGAGGUUUAUACAGCCUGGCCAGUGGCAGGGUUUCCUGGAGGCAAGGUUGGCCUGAGUGAGAUGGCACAGAAGAAUGUCGGUGUGAGGGCUGGUGAUACCAUUCAGGUGCAGCCUCUUGUGGGUGCUGUGCUACAGGCUCAGGAAAUGGACUUGACACUGAGUGACAAAGAUCGGGAAAUUAAUGAAGAAGAACUGACUUGUUGUAUUCUGAGAAAACUAGAUGGCAAGAUUGUUUUACCAGGCAACUUUCUGUAUUGUACCUUCUAUGGACGACUAUGCAAAUUACAAGUGUUGCAAGUGAAAGGAGCAGAUGGCAUGAUAUUGGGAAGGCCUCAGAGUGACUCUAAUAUUGCUCAAGGAAUGGCCUCUGAACAGUCCAGCAUGGAAACCAGUAGCUUGGAUAUAUCCUCCCAGCUAAGCCAUUUAGAUCUGGAAGAGCCCCAGAGUCCAGCAUCAAGAAGUACUCCUUGUAAACCUGUUGAUGACAGAGUUACAAAUAAAGCCAGUGACAUUUUGUUGGAUGUUACACAGAGUCCUGGGGCUGGCAAUGGACUUGAGCUAGAGGAAGUCACUGCUCUUACAUGUAAUCUUGAGUCUCCCAGAGAAGGAAAUAAGCAACUACUCGAUGAAGAGAGAUUGCUAAAAUCUGCCAAAACAGGAGCAAAGUGUAAUACUGACACUUUUUAUUUUAUUUCUUCAACAACAAGAAUCAAUCUUAGAAAGAUUCAUAUAAAUUCAAAAGGACGAGAAAACCAAUUCAAAGUAACUUAUGAUAUGAUAGGAGGCUUAAACAGUCAGUUGAAAGCAAUUAGAGAAAUGAUAGAAUUGCCUCUCAAACAACCUGAACUUUUCAAGAGUUAUGGAAUUCCAGCUCCUCGAGGAGUGUUACUCUAUGGCCCUCCAGGUACUGGAAAGACAAUGAUUGCCAAGGCAAUUGCCAAUGAAGUGGGAGCCUAUGUUUCUGUAAUUAAUGGUCCUGAAAUUAUAAGCAAAUUCUAUGGUGAGACUGAAGCAAAGUUACGUCAGAUAUUUGCUGAUGCCACUCUACGGCACCCAUCAAUUAUUUUUAUUGAUGAGCUGGAUGCACUUUGCCCUAAAAGAGAAGGAGCUCAGAAUGAAGUGGAAAAAAGAGUUGUAGCUUCCCUCCUAACACUGAUGGAUGGCAUUGGUUCAGAAGCAACUGAAGGACAAGUGUUAGUCCUUGGGGCCACAAAUCGCCCACAAGCAUUAGAUGCUGCACUUCGAAGACCUGGACGAUUUGAUAAAGAGAUUGAGAUUGGUGUUCCUAAUGCUCAGGACCGGCUAGAUAUUCUGCAGAAACUUCUUCGAAGAAUACCCCAUUUGCUCACUAAAACUGAACUGCUACAGCUGGCAAAUAGUGCUCAUGGAUAUGUUGGAGCAGACUUGAAAGCUUUGUGUAAUGAAGCAGGUCUCUGUGCUUUGCGAAGAGUCCUGAGGAAACAGCCCAACCUUCCUGAUAGCAAAGUGGCUGGGUUGGUGAAGAUUACUCUGAAUGAUUUCUUACAGGGAAUGAAUGACAUCAGGCCCAGUGCCAUGAGGGAAGUAGCAAUUGAUGUCCCAAAUGUAUCCUGGUCAGAUAUAGGAGGACUGGAGAAUAUCAAACUGAAAUUGAAACAGGCUGUGGAAUGGCCCUUGAAACAUCCAGAGUCUUUCAUCCGAAUGGGUAUUCAGCCACCUAGAGGAGUUCUUCUGUAUGGACCACCUGGAUGCUCUAAAACAAUGAUAGCAAAGGCCUUGGCCAGUGAGAGUGGACUGAAUUUUCUAUCUAUAAAGGGGCCUGAACUGAUGAAUAAAUAUGUUGGUGAAUCUGAAAGAGCAGUUAGAGAGAUCUUCCGAAAAGCUAGAGCAGUGGCUCCUUCCAUUAUCUUCUUUGAUGAACUUGAUGCCUUGGCAGUUGAAAGAGGCAGUUCUUCAGGUGCUGGAAAUGUGGCCGACCGUGUUUUGGCUCAGCUCUUAACAGAAAUGGAUGGGAUUGAACAGCUAAAGGAUGUGACAAUUUUGGCAGCUACUAAUCGCCCGGAUAGGAUAGACAAGGCUUUGAUGCGGCCUGGAAGAAUAGACAGAAUCAUCUAUGUACCUUUACCAGAUGCAGCAACAAGAAGAGAAAUAUUUAACCUGCAGUUUCACUCUAUGCCAAUUAGUAGUGAGGUGGACCUAGAAGAACUCAUCCUCCAAACCCAUACAUACUCCGGAGCAGAGAUUGUAGCCGUCUGUAGAGAGGCAGCUCUUCUGGCUCUAGAAGAAAACAUUAAAGCCAGCUGCAUUAUGAAGAAGCAUUUUACUCAAGCUUUGAGCAUGGUGACACCUAGAAUUCCUGAAUCAUUGAGACGUUUUUAUGAAGAUUAUCAGGAGAAAAGUGGGCUGCAUACUCUCUGAGAAAAUGUUUAUAUUCAUCGUACUAUAAUUCUUUGUAGAGAAAAUUUGUUUCUUUUUAAAAUUUUUCCUUGAGUGUUUAAAAAUUUUUUUAAACUUAAAUGCUUUAAGAAGUAAAGCAUUUGAAAUAUUUUCACUGGAAUUGAGAGGAUUCAAUUGUUCUAGACAUUUUGAAUCAUACAGACACAGUGAAAAUAUUUCUGAGUUUAAAUCAUCAGUUCUAUCUGGAAAUGUGUGCUAAGUUUUUGUUGUUGGUUUUUUUUUGCGGGGGGGUUGGUACCGGGGAUCAAACUCAGGACCUUGCACU